UACACGUUCUGGACCCUCAACUGACCUUUCCAUCUCCUUUCUUUGCUUGUACGUACUCAAUUGAAGCUUUUGGUUUCGGGUUUGUGUGUUGUUCAUCUCAUCUCAGUCUCUUCCUCUUCUCUUCUCUUAAUAACUUACACUUCCUUUGUACCAUUUUUUGUAGAAUCCUGUGAUUAUAUAUUCCGUCGUUUACGUUCAAUACCGAGUACUACAGUUGUCGACGAAAAUCUAUUCCAGUCCAGUCCCUUACCUCAAUAAAACCAGAAAGGACCUGAUCCUUUCCACUACCGCACCUUUUCAAUGGUUCACGCACGCACUUUCUCCCGCCAGUUAGGCAAUUCGCUCCCUACGCACAAUCAACCUCAUAUUCCACCUCAAAUCAUCAUCACGGACUCGGAAGAUCCACACAAGCCCAUAUACUACAAGACUUCGCAGUGGAAGAACUCCCUCCUGAAUUCCGUCCAAUCCUCGCACAUCAAGACUACUACCUCCUUCCAAAAUGUUUUCACGAAAGUCAAGAAGCUACCUCCCAGGUCCAAAAUACUACUCGGCCUCAUCUGCCUUCUUUCUCUGGUAUCGCUCAUCGGGGUAGUAGGUGGAGUUCGCCCCAACAUCUUGAAGGGAGGACAUCGAUCUCCAUAUACACGAACACAUUACGUUACGCAUAAUAAGGGUCCGAAGUUCAAUCAUAAUAGGGAUAACGCGGUGAAAAGAGAGGAGGCUCCAGUGCCAAUACCAGUACCAGCCGAGGAGAAAGUUAAGAGGGAUGAAGCGCCGGCAAUUGGACUUACACCAAGGAAAUUUAUUCCAAGGCAGUUUGGGAACGAAGCGGAUGUACUGUGAAUUGACGAAGUUGAACGACGAAGAGUAUGUUACUUCAUGGUCGUGGAAAUAUGAAGAUGCGAGUGGAAGUUUAUAAAGAAUCUUACUGACAUCUGAGAAAUUAGUGCGGCAACGUGUGCCACCAGCCUUUUUCUUUUAUAAUGGAUGCCAAUAAUGUGGAAUUGAUUUGUAGCAGCGAGCAUGUGGUAUAAAGAAUUAAUGAGGAAUGCGUCGGAAUUCGAAACGAGGGAAGUGAUAUAUAUACCAGGUCGGAAAGAAAUGCUAGAAAAGCAUUUGGAUAUGAAUUAAUGCAGUAGAAACUAGUGAAACCGCUAGCAAAAUAGGAUAUCAAAUAAUGUAAUCUUGAAGAUCUAGACAUAUUAGCUAUAAAAAUGGGGACUA